UUGGCCUUGGAGAUUUGGCUCAAAGAUCCUUGGAGAGGAGACAACCUUCUCAAUCAUCGAGUAUCAUUUGAGUCAUGGCCUUGCAGCUGGAAUACCGCCGUACUUUCAUCGAUGUGGUGGAAAGCCCCAAGUUCUUGAUUCGAUAUCAUAGCAUGCCGGCCUUGGGAACACCAGUGGAGACCUGUGAAGAUGGUUUCAAAGAAUAUGUCCGGAAGCUUUCAGAUCCACCCAGCCAAGGGAUCAUACCCAGGCUGGCUUCAAGUGAGGACAAGGUUGAGACCCAGAUCUCCAGUAUUUCCAAUCAAGGCAGCCUUGGAAGCCUUGGGCAUGAUUGGGGACUUUGCAAAAGGCCAUGUGCUCUAUAUGCAGCUGGCAAUUGCAAACACGGUGCGGACUGUGGCUUCUGUCAUAUGGUGCAUGAAUGCCGUUUGCCCAAGUUGGACAAACAACAAAGGGAGAAGCUCAAGAUGCUCAGUGUGUCCCAGUUGCUGUCGCUGAUCCUGGAGCCAUUGAAGAUGAAAGUGGCACAGCAGGGCAUUGAAGAAGAAGCCAAGGAAAUCAUGGUCUUAAUCGAGCAGGAGGCAGCUCGAGCUCGUGCUCAAGAGAAAGCCCGUGCAGGAGCGAUUUCCAAAAGGACCUCUGGUGCCUACAGGGUUUUGACCAAGAUGAGCAUUGCAGGAUUAGUCGGCGUCGCGGGAUGCAACCAGGCCGAUUCCAGCACAUUUCGCCGCCAGUGUAUGGAAGCUUUGGAACGCUUGCGUCGACAAGUCGCCAAGGCCGCCUAACAAUUCAGGCCGACGGAAAAGGUUCCUCAGCUCUUGGGGAAAAACUAUGGAAAACUGCGAGGGUAUUUCAGGGUGC